CUUAAGACUAUACUUCACAGGAUCAUUUCUGUAGUCGGUCUUCACUUACUUUCACACUAACUGAAAGCCUCUUACACCCGCGUUGAUGAGAUACAUCGUUAUAUUCGGCAGCGUGAGGAUUUGUGUGAUGCUCUUUUGCGAUGUUACUUCGGUUACAUCGUACUGUGAGUAUUGCGCUUCGAUGAUCGCUCGGUAACACGGAUAUAACGAAUUCUGAGUGGUGUAUCAUUUUAAUUAAAUACAUUUGAAAUAUAGAGCACGAAAAUUCUUAGGUGGAGGAGAAUCAUGAUAUAAAUUGUACGAAUUAGUCCCCUCGGUAACAAUAAAGUGCGAAUACUUCACAAAUUGGUGCUGUUGUGGCCCGCUUUGUUGACGCUGAACGUCGAGAUCGGAAUCGAAAUCGAAAUCGCUGCCUGGGCAUCUAGCUGGUUGUAGUGUCUCCCCUCUAGACAAUCUACCGUCCCUGGUCCCAUCGUCCACUGUCGUCCAAAUCAAGCCGGCUGCGUGGCCCGUUGCACUAUAAAAGUAACGCAAUGCACGCAAUGAAUUUACAGUUGCAAUUCUCAGUCAACGACGCCAAGACAAAUAUACGACAAAAAGACUCCAACAUGAAACUAUUGAUUCUGUGCACUUUGUUGGCUGCUGCGAACGCUGCUCCCGGCCUCCUCGACUACGGCUUGGGACACACGGCACCAGCCAUUAGCUAUGGACAUGCUGAGCCAGCCAUCAGCUAUGCUCAUGCUGCACCCGCCAUUAGCUAUGCCCAUGCUGCUCCAGCGGUCACUUAUGCGGCAGCUGCGCCAGUCAUUAAAUCCUAUGCGCCUGCCAUCAGCUAUGCUGCUCCCACAGUCGUCAAAUCCUACGCGCCUGCCAUCAGCUAUGCUGCUCCGGCUCCAGUGAUCAAAUCCUAUGCUCCAGCCAUCAGCUAUGCCGCUCCCACGGUGCUCAAGUCGUACGCUGCUCCAGUUGCUGUCGCUGCCCCUGUGGUCAAGGCUGUUGCUGCUCCGGCUACCAGCUACUCCCACUUCAGUUCGGUUGUUUCCCACGCUACGCCCAUCAUCAAGUCCUACGCUGCUGCUCCCAUUGUCAAGUCCUAUGCCGCUCCAGCCAUUAGCUACGCUGCUCCAGCUGUCGUCAAGUCGUAUGCCGCUCCAGCGAUCAGCUAUCAGCCAACUCUGCUGAAAUCCUAUGCUGCAGCACCUGCUCUGUCAUUGGGCGGAUACGAUGAUCACUAUGGCUACCACUAAGUUUCCUUUAAAACUGAGCUUGAGCUGAGAUUAAUCGCAAGUGAGAGAUAGGCGACAGGAAGUGAUAGAGAGUGAGAGCGAAAGCGAAAGCGAAAGCGAUGAGGAGAAAGUGAAAGAGAGAGCAUGAAAUUGACAGCGGCACGUUUUUAAAUUAUUCCCAAGUUUCGUAUAUUCUGUAUUUAUUUAAGUCUCAAUCAUUGCAAAUAAAGAAAAUUCAAUUUUUCAAAGUCACUUAUUGUUGUGAAUUGCAAAAGUUUGGCAAAUUCAUUGAAUUGGACACAACAGUCGAAGAAAAGCUUGUUAAAAGCUGUGUGGAAGAGAGAAAGAAACUGAGUUAACGGAAUGUUUUAAAAAUACCCAACUUUACUUAAUUGCUUUUAAUUUAAAUAAUUGCAAUUAAAUAAAAAUUAA